UUCUCUUAAUAUGACAAAAUACAUCUAGCUGUUAACUAAAUCACUGACGACUGGAUCCUUCCCACUCCUGUCCAGUAGGUGGCGGAAUGCACAAUAUAAGUUUGUUCGCCCACCGCCAAAACAUUCUAGAAGAAGAAGAAGACGAAUCAGAAUCGUUUGGCGCGGGUUUCUUGGCUGUGUUUAAUUUAAACCGGUUUUGUUUUCUUUUUCAUCAUUUCGCGCUAUCGUGUUUUUAUUUGUAGUAUUUUCACUUUUCCUUCUGCCGAAGUUUCAUUUGAUUGUAGAACGCUGUAGUUCUUUAUUCUAAAGACAGCAAGCGGGGUCCAUCCCCAUCGGAUCCGCCUCCAAAUAAUCCAGUGCUCUUCCUCUAAGAUGUACCACUGCUCCCAGUGUGGGAAGAGUUUUACUCGUCAGUGGCAUCUCCACCGACACAAGCUCAUCCACACAGGUGAGAAGCCGUAUCACUGUUCGCUGUGUGAGAAGAGUUUUACUCGUCAGAGUGGUCUCCGACAUCAUGCGUACAUUCACACAGGAGAGAAGCCGUAUCAUUGUGGACAGUGUGGGAAAAGUUUUACUCGUCAGAGUCAUCUCAAAAUACACAAGCGUAUCCACACAGGAGAGAAGCCAUAUUGCUGUGGACAAUGUGGGAAAAGUUUUACUUGUCAGGGUCAUCUCAAAAUACAUGAGCGCAUUCACACAGGAGAGAAGCCGUAUCAUUGUGGACAGUGUGGGAAGAGUUUUACUUGUCCGAGUACUCUCAAAAUACACGAGCGUAUCCACACAGGACAGAAGCCAUAUUGCUGUGGACAAUGUGGGAAAAGUUUUACUUGUCAGAGUAAUCUCAAACAACACGAGCACAUUCACACGGGACAGAAGCCGUACUUCUGUGGACAAUGUGGGCGGAGCUAUACUACUUCAACUUCAUUAAGGAUGCACAAGUGCUCUAACAUAAAGCCGUCAGACUUUGUAUCUUAAUUUGACGAAUUCACACGUUUUUAAUUUUCAUUUUUUAAAGAGAGGUAAAGAGAUUCAGGCAUAAAACUGUAGUAUAUUAUUUGUCAUGGACUGUAGUAUUCUGGUGCUUGGGACAUUACUUACUCUCUGGGUUUUAGCAGAAUUCAUGAUUUUAUGUUAUUUUCCCCCCAAACGCUACAAUAUCAAGCAUGGAAUACACAUUUAACCAGUGGGAAUGCCCACUUUAAUCAACCAAUCCAGACCUCUGAGUAAGACACGUGACUCGGACAUCUCCCUCUAACGUAAGACUUUUCAUUUUAAAUGAUUUGUAAAUGCGAGCUCGAAUUUGCUUUAUAAAAUGUCAUGUUGUAUGUACUAUCGAACUGGACACCUUUCCAAGCCAACAGACGAUGGUUUUGUUUAUGGGCAAUUUGAAGAGAUAAUUCUUGUCCAAGUUGCUCCAUCUUUGCAGCGUCCAUUUAACUGUAGCUAACUCCACUGUAUGGCCAGGAGUAUGGGGAUGCCUGACCACCACACCCAGAUAUGCCUUUUGAACAUCCUCUGAUGGAACGGUAUCCAGUCCAUGGUCCCCUGAGCCCAGUGUUUGAUAUAGUUUUCAGAUUUACUGCAACCCUGACCAGGAUACACACUUACACAAUAAGAUCAAUGAAUGGAUUUUUGUUGUAUAUAUGUUUUUUUUAAGAAAUAAGAAAAUGUUUGUAUGACCUGCAAGUCUUCGAAUUUUUACUGCAGGA